UACUGCUCUCGUAGGAAACACGAACAAUGGAAGGGCGACUCUAUAUCUAUGGGUUAUCUUCUACGAGAAGAUAUUAUGCUGGGGCUGCUGCUGCUGCUACUACUGAUUCACCCCUCCACUUCGUCUCAGAAGCAUUGAUUCUCACGAGCAAAUCCGCAGCAUUACUACUUCCUUUUCUCCGUCCCGAGUUCGUAUCGUAUUGGCUCGUGCGAGAGAGCCGAUGGUCUGCCCGUCUAGAGAUUCUCUGCUUGCAAGAAAGAAAGCUUCAGUGCCUUUUCUGCUAUGCUCGUUCUACCUUUCCCACUUGGGUGCUGCUUGUCCCUCUUUCUACUCCGAUCUAAUAGGCCUUUCCAAAAGAACUGCUCCGUAGCCGUGAGCCGCCCUGUGGUGGGAUGCGGAUUCCUGGUUUCCUCUACCAUUCCACUAGCCACCAGUAGUUGCUAUAAAUACGGGUCAAUGGAGUGGUUCUUCUUCACCGCAGGCGAGCCUGUUGCAUGCAACAUCACCAGCGCUCCCCGCACAGGACGGUGAUCCAAAUGUACCGCGGCGGCAGCUCGUACGCCUCCGGUUCGGGGAGUGCGACCAGGAGGCAUGUCGACUACGGGAGGACUUACGUUGCCUGGCCGAAGGGCAGACAUCGGGCCACCGUCGUCUGGCUUCACGGUUUAGGAGACAAUGGCGCAAGCUGGUACCAGCUCCUGGAAACCCUUCCUCUGCCAAACAUCAAGUGGAUAUGUCCUACUGCUCCUACCCGACCUGUGUCUCUUUUUGGUGGAUUUCCAUGCGCAGCAUGGUUCGACAUUGCGGACCCUUCACAGGAUGGUCCUGAUGACGCCGAUGGAUUGGAAGCUUCAGCAGCACAUAUCGCAAAUCUUUUGUCGUCUGAGCCAGCUGAUGUGAAACUUGGAAUCGGUGGGUUCAGUAUGGGUGCCGCGACUGCCUUGUAUUCUGCUUCUUGCUUCGCACAUGGAAGAUACGGAAAUGGAGGCCGAUAUCCCAUAAACCUCAGUGCAGUCGUUGGUCUCAGCGGCUGGCUUCCCUGUUCCAGGAGCUUGAAGACCAAGGUGGAAAGCUCACUGGAAGCUGCAAGGCGAGCUGCCUCCUUGCCACUUUUGCUCUGUCAUGGAACAGGGGAUGGAGUGGUUCCCUAUAAACAGGGAGAAAGGUCUGCGGAGACGUUGAGGAUGUCGGGGUUUCGAAAUCUCAGGUUUGAGGCCUACAAUGGACUCGAGCAUUAUACGAUUCCGGAGGAAAUGGAUGCCGUCUGCAAGUGGAUCACCGCGAGGCUGCAGCUCGAUGGGUCUCGCGCUUGACUCCGGAGAUGCUGUGUUUGUGUUGUGAUCGCAUCGAGGCGUCGAUGGAAGUGCAUCUCAAUGGUAUAUGUAUGCGCUCCGGUACUUUUUUGCGACGACGUGUCCGUAGUGCCUGUGCUGUGCUGUGCUGUGCUUUGAGAGCUGCGUAUGUAUUGUGAUAGAUUUGUUUCCCUAUUUAUCUGUCUUCCUAUGAAUGAAUAGUUUGAUUACUUUGUGUGGUAGAAGGCAGA